AUGCAGAAAAGGUCGUGGCGUUGGAGACGAAUUGGCGUUAGCAAUAAACCGCUGUUGUACUAAAUCGGUGGAUAGGGAACGGGUGACGAAGACGGAUGCAUCAGUGUUGUCAGCAGCUCUUUAUAUGUAGAAAGACCAUCUUAUCGUUAUUUUUCCUAAUAUUUUCUGUCGAUAACAGCGGUUACUCACGUAGGUAUGAUGUGAGAAUGACCAAAGGGUCAGGGACAGACGAUUGAAUGUUUAUCUCACCAACGCUUCUCCAAGGUAUUGGCGUCGAUUUAAACGCCGGGGACGUUAACAUGGAUUGUGGGGAUGGUGCAGAGGAGCUGUCUUUGGAAGAAAUUCUUACCUUAUACAGCCAGCCGAUCAAUGAAGAACAGGCAUGGGCUGUUUGUUACCAGUGUUGCCAAACUUUAGCUCAAAAACAUCGGAAUUCCAAAUCAACUGGCGCGUCAGUUGAGGACUGUGUGAGAAGAAUUGAAGGUCCAGGGGAUGUUCGUAUUCGGCGAGAUGGGACCGUGAAAUUGCAUUACCUAGACAGUACAGAUAAAUACAGAUCUGCCAGCACGUCAGAAGAGGUGAUCGAGUCGCUGGGCAUCAUGAUUUACAAGGCGCUGGACUACGGGCUGAAGGAGAACGAGGAGCGCGAGCUCAGCCCUCCGCUGGAGCAGCUCAUCGACACCAUGACCAACAUGACGGAGGCGGAGGGCGACCUCUGCCCCGACGAGGGCUACGAGGCCACUGAGGAGGAGGACGAGGGCGAGGAGAACCCCAGCGUCACCUGCAACGUCAAAGGCUUGCGGGACAUCAUCACGCUGUGUUCGUCUCACCUGCCCAGUCCAACUGAUGCACCCAGCCACUACCAGGCGGUGUGCCGUGCUCUUUAUACCGAAACCAGAGAGCUGCGGACCUUUCUGGAGAAGAUCAAAAGUGCCAAGGAGAACCUGCGUAAGAUGGAGGGGGAGACCCACGGCGAGCCUGUCAAAGACCUGAACGAGCUGCAGAAUGCAGAUUGGGCCCGGUUCUGGGUGCAGGUGAUGCGAGACCUGCGUCACGGCGUCAAGCUGAAGAAGGUGCAGGAGCGUCAGUACAACCCCCUCGCCAUCGAGUUCCAGUUCACGCCCUACGAGAUGCUCAUGGACGACAUCCGCUCCCAACGCUACAAGCUGCGCAAGGUCUUGGUGAACGGAGACCUCCCUCCCAGGUUAAAGAAAAGCGCCCACGAGGUCAUCCUGGACUUCAUCCGAUCCAGGCCACCCCUCAAACCCGUGGCGUCCCGCAAGCUGAAGCCCCACCCCCCGCGGCCCCGGAGCCUCCACGAGCGCCUGUUGGAGGACAUCAAGGCAGAGAGGAAGCUGAGGCCCGUGUCACCUGACAUGAUCCGCCGCAGCCGAUUGGUCAUUCGACCUCUAACCAUGUCUAUCAGUUUUGACUCCUCAGGUGCUGGGAAAAGCAUCAGCACCCCUCAGGACUUGUUCCGCAGCUCAGACAUGAAUGUCCACGACGCCCCCAGGAAGUUGGCAGUCAGCACGCUGGCUCUGGCCAAUGGCGCGACGCCGACUCACACACCAGGAAGCAGCGGCCUGCCUCUGUCUCAGAGGAAGAGGCUGCUGAAGGCUCCGACCCUGGCUGAGCUGGACAGCUCAGACUCUGACGAGUCGUCCAGCCACCAAUCAGCGAGCAGCUCCAGCGUGUCCCCAGACUCCCUCAUCGGAAAGAAGGCCCCCCCCAGGUUCCUGCCCAUGUCCAGGUCCUUCACCCCCCAGACAGACAAGCGUCGGUCCCCCCAGCGCCGGCACUCCAUCGAGGAGGAGGCCCCCAUCGGCAUGCGGCCCAUCGUCGCCUCGUCCAGGCAAAGCUCCAAAUCACUGGUGGCGGCCGAUGGCAGUGCUCACGGGGAGGAGUUCUGCUAUCCUGUCGAGUGCCUGACCCUCACCGUGGAGGAGGUGAUGCACAUCAGACAGGUGCUGGUGAAAGCAGAGCUGGAGAAGUUUCAACAGUACAAGGAUGUCUACAACGCCCUGAAGAAAGGAAAGCUUUGCUUCUCCUGUCGCACCAAGAGGUUUUCCCUCUUCACCUGGUCCUACACCUGCCAAUUCUGCAAAAGGCCGGUUUGCUCUCAAUGCUGUAAAAAGAUGCGGCUGCCUUCCAAGCCCUACGCCAACCUGCCCAUCUACUCCCUCGGCCCCAGCACCCCCGCCAAGGAGGAGGCCGGCACCACUGCGGCUUCGGCUCAGCCGGAUACUCCUUCCUCCGUAUCCGGACACCACCGGAACAGCCUGCGGCGCAAGCUGUCCAAACACAACAGCAGCGAUACCGGCUCACGGGACCUGGCAGAACUCCCCAAGGAGCUUACGGAGGACUGGUGCACCAUGGAGGUGUGCGUGGACUGCAAGAAGUUCAUCUCGGAGAUCAUCUCCUCCAGCAAGCGCAGCCUGACCGUGGCCACCAAGCGGGCACGCCUCAACCGCAAGACCCAGUCCUUCUACGUGUCCUCCGCCAACGCCAGGGACUACCGGCCCUCUGAGAGGACCAUCAACGAAGUGUGAAACCUUCGCGUGGAUGGUAGACACUACUCCGGGGGGGGGGAAACAUCUCCUUAAACCUCUUUAAAACACUGUAUGUGAAGUGGUGGCUUUUGUAGAUGGAACGUGAGGGGCUAUCAGGUCAAGUCUGUAAGAGAACGUCCUCUGAGCGAUGAUGGUAGGAUAUGUAACGGUUGUUCUGACCGACGGUGCCAGUAACUAGAGUAUUCCAAAGUAAUUCCCAAGAAUCCAGUUUGGAAAAGCUGGUCAGUGGUCCACUCAACUGCAUCUCCUUUGCAGCUGACUGACUUGGUUUCUUUGAUGAUAUUCAAAAUGGUGGUCGUCUUUGGCAGGUUCUAAAUACCAAACCUUUCUAAAAAGUGCCCAGUAAAAGACAUUCCUCCCCCAGUUCAGUAUGGAGGUACAACUAUAUUCCAUUUGUAUCUAUUUUUAUCUGACGUAUUUGAAUGGCUCUAGCUAUCUGGGGGGUGAGUAGGUUUCACGCAUAGCUGCUGUGGUCAUGGAGAAGAAUCCAACCAGAGAAUGUAUAUUUGUAAUAGUCACAUGGAAGGAAGUCUACUGUGUGUAAAUAGUUGAGCGAAGGAUCCCUUGCCAGAUCUUGGAUGUAAAUAAAUACCCAGGUCCUGUUUACGCCCUAGCCCUCAGGAAGAACUAGCCGAUCGUCUAUCUGACAGAUGCACUGUUGAUCCGUCAGUUAGGUCUGACACGGUUCUGGAUUCUCUACCAUUCCCCAACACUCUUUUCCUACCCUUUAAUAAGUGGCAUGAUAAAUAUAACACAACUUGUUUUGCAAAUUGGAGAUUUGAUUACAGGUCGUCGAUCAACUGAAGAUGUGUGUUGGGAAGUGCAAGUCUGGGAUGAGUUCAUGUGGGUUUUAGCCACUUGUGUGUAUGAUGUAUUUUAAAUAAUGUGCCUGGUGCCAAAAAGCGCUCCUCCUUACAUUACAUUUACAUUCCUCCUUCUGAAUGAUCUGUAAUUAUGUUGACUAGUUGUACAUUGUAAAUAGUGAUGGAGCUGGAAACUGAACUGGAAGGUUUUGCCCUAUUCUUAGCUAGCGCACAGCGGCUGUUGACUGUGUCCUUGUAAAUGCUGUACAUCCAAAUCCUUCAAAAAUAGAGAAUUAUUUCUAAUACUCAAGUCAAUGUCAUUAUUAUAAUUAUAAUUAUUGUUAUUAUUUAUUGUGUAUUCUAAUAUUGUCAUCGUUUCUAUUAUUGAUAUUCUUCAAAAUUAUUUUAUUAUGUCUUAGUAUUAAGUUAUUGACUCAGCUAUAUAUCUGGAAUAAGUUUCUGGAGUGAUCAAAUUGUUUGUCAAGUUCCUGUCUUAAUUAAGUAAAUGUCUUCAUGUAUUUGUUUGUUUCACAGUGAAAAUUUCUAGGGUUCCUCUCGGACAAGGGUUGAUUGUGUGAACACAUUCUGGAGACGGGUUUAGAUUAAAACACACCACACUGAUUUGAAUGUAGGUAACAGGGUAUUGUGUGUUUUUCAGAGUGUUAUUGCCUCUGAUUUUUUUUUUUUUUUUUUACUGUGUCUUUCAGACAAAUAUUUUGACUGAUGCACAGACACUGUGCUUGCACACUUCCUUACUUACUAGUAUAAAAACACACACAACCUUAGACAGUUUUAUUUUCUAAUCAGUUGAUUGCUUGGUGAUUCCCGUGGUACUAUGAACAAUGUCCACAUUGACCAGAACAAAAUUUUCCAGUUUGAAGAUCAUGAUGUCAUAUUUUAUAUUUUGUCUGACCUUGUUUGUUUUGAUACCAGUAAGGCAGGAAUGGUGUGAAUUCUAUCCAUGUAAUUUUUUUUUAAUGAACGAAUGACAAUAAAAUGAUCCAAUUCU